GCAGGAGCGGGAGCGGGAGCGGGAGCCGGAGCCGGAGCCGGAGCCGGAGUCAGAGCCGGAGCCCGAGCCCGAGCCCGAGCCCGAGCCGGAGCCAGAGCGGGAAACCGAGCUGGAGCCGAAGCUGGAGCCGGCACUGCGGCGCGCGGAGCGGAGCGAGGCGGCUAAGCCGAGUGAGCAGAGGAUCCUUUUCUACAAGAAGUUGGAACUGUACAAGUGGGCAGGCUGGCUCCGCUAUUUUGCUCCAAGGAUUACAUGUCCUUCAAACGCCCCUGCCCCUUAGCUCGCUACAACCGUACCAGCUAUUUCUACCCCACGUUCUCAGAAAGUUCGGAGCACAGCCACCUGCUCGUGUCUCCUGUGCUGGUGGCAAGUGCAGUCAUAGGUGUGGUCAUCAUCCUCUCCUGCAUUACCAUCAUCGUUGGCAGCAUCCGCAGGGACCGGCAGGCCCGGCUCCAGCGUCACCGCCACCGCCACCGCCGCCACCAUCACCACCACCAUCACCACCGCCGCCGCCGCCAUCGAGAGUAUGAGCAAGGCUACGUGUCUGAUGGGACCUACAGCCGCUCAAGCCACAGGAUUCGCUACAGCUGCAGCCCUGUCGAAGACUGGUCCCCGCCCUUAGAUCUCAGCUCUGAUGGGGACGUGGAUGUCACAGUGCUUCGAGACCUGUACCCAGAUUCUCCCCCAGGUUAUGAGGAGUGUAUGGGGCCAGGUGCCACCCAGCUGUACAUCCCCACGGAUGCACCACCACCCUACUCGCUGACCGACUCCUACCCCGUGCUGGAUGGCAUCAUCGAUGUGGGCGGUGGCCGUCACCAGCAGGCACAGAGGAUCCUGGGCCAGGGUGGCCUCCGCACCGUCUCCAUGGAUACCCUGCCCCCUUAUGAGGCUGUGUGUGGGGUCAACCCCCCAUCAGGUCUGCUGCCGCUGCCUGGACCAGAACCAGGGCCAAGGAGCCCCCAGGGCUCACCCAUCACAACCUGGGCCCUGGUCUCUGGCCCAGAAAGGAUUCUGUGAGUGACCCAGCUAGCUAGGUCCUCCCGGUCCCUCGGGCUGAGCCACAAAGGGCGUGCACACACACACACACACACACACACACACACACACAAGGGCAUGCACACACACACAUACACUGAUAUGCACACACAGCACUCCCACAUGCACACACAUAUACACAAUCGUACACACACAUACACACUGACACACCCAUGUGCGCACACACACAUCCAGAUAUGCACCACACAUGUACAGACAUGUGCAUACACACAGCCCCCCCCCACAUCCACACAAAACCAUCUGCUAAGGUUUCAUUGAAAAUGAAGCUUUCUUGACCUCCCGUCUCCCCAGCCUGUUGGCCAUGCCUCUGCAGACAAUGCUGGGAGAAGACAGGUGGAGAAGGGACAAGAGCUUGCUCUUCCCUCUCCCUGGCCUGUUUGCCUCUGCCCUCACCUGGCAGGCUGUGCCCAAAUUCUGAUUCUGCCUCCAGAAACUGCUCGACCAUCCCAGGUCAGCCGCUUGCCCCCUCCACCGCGGGGCAGCGUGCCCUCCUGGCUGGUGGGACAGGCUUCAGUGAGGUUCAGCUAUACACUGUACCUCUCCCUCAAUUCCAGGGCAGCCACAACAUCACCACCCUGCCACUUAUGGGGCAAGGGACACGGGUCUGGGGGCUCAGGCACAACCUGGAGGUCCUCACCACCCACCUUGCUCCCUCCCUAACCCAGCGCCCGCAGCCUGGUUGUGCUGGCGGAGUUAUUUAGGAGGCCCCCACCCCAAGCGGCAGGUGAUAAGCAGGGUCCUUGGUGGGCGUGUGACGAUGGUGGUGGUGGGUCAGAGCUGUCCCCAUGUCAGUCCAAACACUGCCCAGGGCUGAGGGUCUUCGAAGAGGAAGGCGGGCUAGGCACAGCUCUGAGGCAAAGAAGUGGCCCCUUGCGAAGUGUGCAUGCCCAGCUGACCAUUAUGACCCAAGUGUGGGCUGUCCUCCUGGGUGGCCGCUCCUGGUUGAGAAUUAUGAGCCGAUGUGUUCUGGUCCUGCCCUCCAGGGUGUGUGCAGACGUACAAGAAAGGGGAAGCGGGCCCCCUAAAUACUAGCAUGCCACCACGAGAGGCCGCAUCUGGGCCUCACUGCCAGGGGCUCCACAGAAGGAGAUAUAUGGGCAUGACUGCUCAUAGAGUGGCCCACAAAUCCCAGCAAAUCCCAUCCGAGACCACGCAAGUAACAGAGCUGAUUUCUGAAGACCCAGCCUGCCAGAGAGGGGCAGCCGAACAUCUUCACGGAAUGUCCCGCCAGCAUUGCCGACGGCAGGAAGUGGAGCCUGGAGCCCACCCUGCCCCCCACCCCCAUCCAUCCCCUACCCACAUUCCAAUUCCUCUAUUGAAGGGCUAAGAUAUUUCAGUAAUCCCUUUCUUGAGAAGGAGGGUAUCCAGGAUGGCAAUCGUGAAUUUUAUUUUCUGUAGAAAUAGGAUUUCUUCUGGUGCAGAACUGAAAGAAAUCCGUCCAGAGGUUCUGUGGCAUCCUGGCACGCCCGACUCCCACCAGGAAAGGGACCUUGUUUACAAGCAGUUCUGUCCGCCUCUGUGGUGUACUGUUUUCUAGGCAAAAAAUAUCUGUCUGUUGUACUGUAUAGCCUUUAAAUGCACUCCAGGGAUGAGACUUUUAAGAAAUGCAUCCUGCUUCUGCAACCCUAGAGAGUACUGGGGGGAAAAAAAGAUUAAAAUCCCUAAGUACUCAUCAGUGUUUGAGGGGUGGAGCUAAACAGCUUUUCUUGUUCCUGGAUUAAGCGCUACAUAAGCAACAAUGUAUCUUUUCUGUGUUUAAAAUAAAUAUAUCGUAUCAAUAAAAAUGUUGCAAGAAAUAA